AGUUAUUCAGUCGGGUCCCAGCCAGUUGACUAUCUGUGGGUCGGCCUUACGGUAGUCAGUUAUAUCGGUAACGCCGUGCAUGCACCGUGCGUUUGCGGUUGUGAAUUAAAAAUACUGAAAUAAUUUGCGGGUCGCGCGUGCGAUAAAAACACCUGUGUGUAUUAUUUCUUCCACUAUGGCUACUGAAGUUAUUAAUAAUGUACCCGAAAAUACUGAAAAGGAGAAGGAAGUAAAAGACGACGCCGCGCCAGAUAAUGGGCAAACAAAAGAAGCUCCACCCGAAGGGGAAAAAGCUGAAGGGAAAGUAGAAGAAAAAAAGGCUGAAGUGGUACAGCCAAAACCCAAUGUUCACAAAAUUAAUUUCGAAAAAGAUAUCGUUUAUUUGUACCAGUUUCCGCGAACGCCUUUGUUGCCGUCAACUUCGCCCUACUGCUUGAAACUUGAAACAUGGCUCCGUCUAGCCGGCAUUAAAUACGAAAACGUCGAUCACAAGGCAAAAUUCCGCUCCAAAAAGGGCCAGCUUCCAUUCGUUGAAUUGAAUGGAGAAGAAAUUGCUGAUAGCACCUUCAUCAUCAAAGAGCUCUCGGAGAAAUUUACUAAAGAUUUAGAUGCCGGUCUGACCCCCGAUCAGCGGGUGGUUGCCCACGCCAUGGCGUCUAUGAUUGAAAACCAUCUUUCUUGGGUGAUUUUCUGGUGGCGUGCUAAAUACCCUGACAGUAUGAUCAAGGGUUACCAAGUUAAUUUGCAGAACGCUCUAAACACGCGCCUGCCGAAUCCUAUUCUGAACUUCUGUUACAAGUUCUCCCUUGGACGUAAGGGGAUGAAGAAGGCGAAGGCCCAUGGGAUCGGCGUUCACAGCCAAGACGAGAUCAUCGAACUCGGCAAGAACGAUCUUCGCGUACUCUCCGAUCUGCUCUCCGAUAAGCCAUACUUCUUCGGAGACGAGCCCACCAUUCUGGAUGUAGUUGCUUUCGCCAACUUGGCCCAAUUGCACUUCAUCGACAAGGAUGUGCAGCAUGCCUUGCGGGACGCUCUGGCUGAGUCCUUCCCCAACCUCGUUGGACUGGUCACACGUAUCAAGGAGCGAGCCUACCCCGAUUGGGACGAACUCUGGUCGUCCACCGAAAAGAGCGCCAAGGAAGCAGAGAAGCCCGCUGAUGACGCCGAGAAGGGCAAGGGCGACGAGCAAGAGAAGGAACUAGAGAAAGAGCCGGAGGAGAAAGAGAAGGAAAAAGAGGAAAAGGAGAAAGAGAAGGAAAAGGAGAAAGAGAAGGAGAAGGAGAAAGAAAAGUAAAUGCUAUAAAAUAUAUAAAGUACGGCAUUCAAGCCUACCAUACUUACUUACAAGUUGAUUAUACAUUUAGGAGUCAGACUCGUAACAAUCUGUAUAUUAUAAGCGUAUAAAUCCAUUUGUCUUUCCCGUAUUAUCAGUUCGUGACGGGAGUCCGUCUUUAUUAUGAAUUGCGCUUAAUUUGUUUGAAUUGGUUAUGGUUCAGUUCUCGCUCGAUGUGUUGGGGUGAUCGAGCAUCGGCCUUUUUGAUAUCAUUUGAAAGUUUUAUUUCAUGUAUUUAAUGUUUUGAAGCUUUUUAUAUAAUUGGUUUAUUACAUUGGAUUGCUUUGCCCAAUUUCAUUUUUCAUGUAUUAAUUGUAUCAGAUAAGUAAUUGGUUGUUAAGGUACUUACAGGAGUAGGUAAACAUGUAAUCAAAUUAAUUAUAUAGCAUAGAAAUUUAAAUUAAGCGUACAUUAAUAUUGGCAUUCAAGAAUCAUUGUAUUGUUAAGUAUGGAAGCUGGCUUAGUAUAGGCAUUUUAAUGUCUUUAUCCUAAAACUACACCUAGUCUCUAGUGGGGAGCGUUUCAUGACUUUUAUUAUUCAUAUUAUUCCACAAUAUAUUUCAGUAACUAUAAUAUACUCAAUUAAUUUAACGUUUACUUAUGAUCUUCACAGAUAAGGCACACGAAAGUUGUGAAUUAAUUAAGUGUUAUAACUAAUUGGUAUCAAAAUUCGUCUGCUUAGACAAUGAACGCGACGCGCCGGGAUCAACACGCGGGUAACAACCCAGGCGCGAUCGCUUUUGAUUCGUGUACAAUAUUUGUUUUUACAAAAUUUAAAAAAAUAUAUACAAUUUACACCCUUUUUGAUAUGACAAAAAAAUGCCUGUAAGACUGUUUUUUCAUGAUAUUGUGUAAUCCUAGUACGUAAUGUCUAGUUUUUAUAUUAGAUAAGGAAUCAAUUGUACAUUCGGGUUUAAUGAUCGUCCAAUUAAUUAAUGAUAACCAGUCAGCGAUGUUGCAGAGCUGAAAAAGCCGCCAUCGCACUUCUAGCGAGCUACCAUCUCGUCAAGUUAGCGUAUCAUCAGCCCACGACCCUUCCCCCCUCCCACAUCCCUCCAUCACCUUCAUCAUUCAUCACCGUCAUUAAUUUUCUGUCAUCAUUUCCCAAUUCACCAUCAUUUCAUUCCCCGUCACUUCAGCCACAAGAACGCGCGCUAACACUGUUUUGAUAUCAUUAAUUAUCGUUUAAGACUUUUAUAAUUUUAUAGUUCAAUUGAUUUUCUCCUGGCAAACCGGCGUGGUAACAUCUAACCUGGAUUUGUGACGUGUGUCACCGGAGAGGUUUCUGUAUCUGGAACGUUUGUAAACCUAUUCUAAACUUUUAUAUUAAUGUUUAUUUGUGAGCAGUCGUCAGGCCUAUAUAGCAGUUUCGGGGUGUAGAAACGUUCUCGACUAUUGUCGGGAUAUCUGUCUUGUUGUAUGAGGGUCUGCAGUUAAGUGGCGGAGCGUUGGGAACUUUGGUUUGGACGACUUGUUACUUUAAUUUGUCCCUAGAUUCGUAAUAUCGAGGUCACGAUCUCAUCCUGGCCUCGCCGGCAGAAAGGCGGGAGGUCGGUCGCUAGUUGGACAAUUAGCAAGUAUAUUCACGUACUCUCUUAUCUUAAACAUAGGCUAGUAGAAUAUGUAUAUUUGAUGAAAUUCAUGGAUGUUCAUAAUGAGUAGAUAUCAUAGCAAGUGUUCCGCAGAUCCCGAUCUAUUUGGGCCCGGGACACUAAAUGAUAUUAGUUUUAGUCUAGCAUAGUCGCCGGCGUCGAACACCAGACACCGUGCCGAGCAACGGACGCAGAGCUGUUGGCGUCCGUCAUAGAUUAAUCAACUAUAUAUUCGAUAUUUACUAGUACAGGUUUUUCAUUUCGAGUAUAAUUUGGUUCGUCAUUUUUGGGGAAAGGUCGACGUUUGCGUCCCUCCCGACAACUGCUGACCAUCACUGCCAUUAGCCUCGGAUGUAAGAGUUAAGAUUAGGGAUAGAAUAGAAAUGAUGGUCACAACACGCGAUAUCCAACUACUUUAUAACAAUAGAUGACAUAGUUAUAUUGAGGCUAACAUUACCGAACGCCGAGGCGCCGCGUUCGCUCGCGCCCUUUGGCUUGAAUGACCGUCGACAGCUACAUCGAGCGAGCUCACCCCUACCAUGGUACUCCCGCCUCACAUCACAUCGUCACACAUCAUCGGAACUGACACAGUGAGUGCGACGGUAUUCAGAUCGUGUAUUGUAUAGUAGGCUUUAGUAGGCGCCGUACCACGAACCCGGCACUAUGUGCGAAGUGCGUUGUACGUUGUAGGUUGUACGAUGGGACAGUAAAGAAGCGAGUCAGACAUGGGCGCGUCAGUGCUCUGGUCCGCCGAGUCUAGUGAGGGCAACUACUCGAUACCAACCCUGUUCUUUAUUGUCUCACAUUUAGGCUAAUUUACAUCUAUUCUGAUUCACCUUCUCCUUAUCGAAACUCUUUUAUUUUUUUGUUUUACUGUAAGUUAGUGUUAUAUUACAAAUUAAUCGUAAAUUUAAAAGUAUAAGUGUCUAUUAUAUUACUAUAUAUGUAUUAGGAACGUAGAGAACAAUAUAAUGAUGAAUGAUUCUGUAAUUGUGGUUACUUAUAUAAUAUCGAUAUGAAAUUUUCACAUUUGUGGUUAUUCAAUUAAUGUGUCAAUAUCUUUAAUUAUAAGUAAUAUUCAUUAGAUAGUAAUGGUUCGCCAUAAUGUACCGUUUAUUAUAAUUAUACAAUUUACUGAGCUUUCAGUGGAAACAACUCUAUUUAAGAUCUUCUGUGUAACAUUCUAUGACAUUAAAGUAUAUCUAAUACAUAUAA